GCGCUGUGGGGGACACCAGCACCAGGAAGUGCUCUCAGGAAGUAGUUUGCAGCCGCGCUUGAGUGACAGCUGUGCGGCGGUGACAGCCCACACCGGGACGGCGGCCCCACAGAGCCGAGCCAAGACUCAAGAUGGCAGGUCUAUCUUUAUACUUUGAAGAUGGCCAUGAUGAUUUGGAUGACUUCGGAUUUGAUGACUAUGGUUCAGAGUGUGACGGAAUCCGCAUCACAGCCUUCCUCGAUGCUGGACAAGACAACCUUACCCCUCUCGGGAGGCUAGAGAAGUAUGCCUUCAGUGAGAAUGUUUUCAAUAGGCAGAUCGUGGCUCGCGGCCUGCUUGAUGUGCUUCGGGAGUUCAGUGACAAUGAAAAUGACUUUAUCAGUGUCAUGGAGACAGUUGCCAGAAUGUCAGAAGAUGGAGAGCCCACAGUGCGAGCUGAGCUGAUGGAGCAGGUCCCAAACAUCGCCAUGUUUUUACAUGAGAGUCGGCCCAACUUCCCAGCCGCUUUCUCAAGAUACUUGGUACCAAUUGUAGUCCGGUAUCUCACUGAUCCAAAUAACCAGGUGCGGAAGACGAGCCAGGCAGCCCUGCUCGUUCUGCUGGAGCAGGGCCUCAUCUCUAAAGCUGACAUGGAGACCAAAGUAUGUCCAGUUCUGCUCGACCUCACAGAACCCAGCAGCGACGAUGACUACAAAAUAGAGGCUGUUGCUAUCAUGUGUAAAGUUGUCACCAUGUUGAGCAAAGACACAGUGGAGCAUCUGCUACUGCCACGUUUCUGUGACCUGUGCAGUGAUGCCAGACUCUUCCAAGUCCGCAAGGUCUGUGCUGCAAAUUUUGGCGAGUUUUGUUCUAUUGUGGGCCAGGAAGCCACAGAAAAACUACUGAUGCCCAAGUUCUUCGAUCUGUGCUCAGACAGUCUGUGGGGGAUCAGGAAAGCCUGUGCCGAGUGCUUCAUGAUGGUCUCAAAUUCCACCUCUCCAGAGGUGCGACGUGCAAAACUGUCCCCCCUGUUCAUCAGUCUCAUCAGUGACCAGUCCCGCUGGGUGCGCCAAGCAGCCUUUCAGUCAUUGGGACGUUUCAUCUCCACCUUUGCCAACCCCUCCAGCACAGGCCUUUACUUCAGAGAGGACGGUGCCCUACUUGAGCUCCCCAGGUGUACAUUGGAAGGCGACUGCUCCCUCAACUCCCUGAACUGCUCCGACAUCAGCGGCUGCCGCACAGAAAGAACCAUCGCUCACACACUUCCCAACCAGGACGGCCGUGCAACACCAUCCCCAGAACAUGUGUCGACAGCCGACAAUGACGAUAUGCACAGCUUUGAUGACAACCACAGUUCAGUUCCCGGAGAGAGGCCAGACCGUUACACCCACAAUGUCUCAAACCGCAACGGCAGCCCUAUGACAACAAACAAUGCUAAGAACACAAAAGAGAUGGACAAGACAGACGAGAACUUUAAUUCUUUCAACUACUGGAGGUCUCCUUUACCAGACAUCAGCGGGGAUCUGGAGAUGCUAAGUUGUCGUAAGUCAGGGGACGUGACACAGAAUGAGGAAAAGAAAGAGAGGGAGGAGGAUGAGGAUGAACCUGAGGAUAAUUGUCCUGAUUCCAAGUCCAAUCAUGGCAACGCCACUAGUGACCAGAUCCAGAAGGUUUUAGACUGUUUGCAACCACACAUGGAUGACCCUGAUGUACAAGCUCAAGUCCAGGUUUUGUCGGCAGCUUUGAAGGCAGCCCAGCUCGACAAUCCAGAAGACGACAGCCCGGCAGACGACUGUCCAGCAGACGACUGUCCUGCAGACAACUGUCCAGCAGACGACAGCCCGACUGAACCGCAGCCUGAGAGCAGCACGGAGAGCCCGUCUGAGGAGAGCAUAUCUGUGGAGGUUCAGUCAGACAGUGUGGAGAGCCCCACAGAAGAGGAGCAAACGAUGGAAACCCUUCCAGCUUCAGAGUCGAGCCCCGUCCAGGAGCAAGGAGACGAGGAGACGCAGACGGAGCCUCAGGAAGAGGAAGAGGAGGAGGAGGAGGAGGACCAGGACCAGGAGGAGGAGGAGGAGGAUGAGGAGGAGGACCAGGAUGACUCUUCACCUAACUCACCUAUUCCAGAGUCUGAACUGAUAGAGAGUGUGGAAGAGGGGGGAAAGGAAGACCUGGCUCACAGCCCAGUGAUGGAGGACAAGCCUAAGGUCCAGAAUGUUAUCCCGCAGCAGCUGUUGGAUCAGUACCUCUCUAUGACGGACCCGGCCCGGGCCCAGACGGUUGAUACGGAAAUAGCCAAACACUGUGCCUUCAGCCUGCCGGGGGUCGCUCUCACUCUGGGACGACAGAACUGGCAUUGCCUCAAGGACACGUAUGAAACCCUCGCUACUGAUGUGCAGUGGAAGGUGCGGCGUACGCUGGCGUUCUCCAUCCAUGAGCUGGCGGUUAUCCUGGGAGACCAGCUGACGGCGGCUGAUCUGGUUCCCAUCUUCAACGGUUUCCUCAAAGACCUGGACGAGGUCCGCAUUGGCGUUCUCAAACAUCUGUAUGACUUCCUCAAGCUGCUGCAUGCAGAUAAGAGGAGAGAAUAUCUGUACCAGCUGCAGGAGUUCAUGGUGACGGACAACAGUCGCAACUGGAGAUUCAGAUACGAGCUGGCAGAGCAGCUGAUCAUGAUCAUAGAGUUGUACAGCCACUACGAUGUGUAUGACUACCUCAGACAGAUAGCACUCACACUCUGCUCUGACAAAGUCUCGGAGGUCAGGUGGAUCUCAUACAAACUGGUUGUAGAGAUCCUCCAGAAGCUGUAUGCAAGUGGUGCCGACGAUCUGGGCAUGAACUUCAUCAACGAGCUCACUGUCAGGUUCUGCCACUGUCCCAAGUGGGUCGGGAGGCAGGCCUUUGCCUUCAUCUGCCAGGCCAUAGUGGAGGAGGACUGUAUGCCCAUGGAGCAGUUCAGCCAGCACCUCCUGCCCAGCCUCCUCAGCCUCUCAUCAGACCCAGUAGCUAACGUCCGUGUACUUGUGGCCAAGGCUCUACGACAGAGCGUCAUGGAGAAAGCUUAUUUCAAGGAGCCGGGCUGUGCCUACUCUGAUGAGCUGGAAGAGACUGUGAUGGCGCUGCAGUCUGACAAGGACCGGGACGUCCGCUUCUUCGCCAGCCUGGACCCCAACAAAGGCUUGAUGGACACGGCCCCUUUGAUUUAACCUCAGCCCCCCCGACUCAUGUUACAGCCCACCUGCCUGUCUACCUACCUGUCUGUCUGACUGACGCACCGUCAGCGCGACCUGCAACACCAGCACCCGACCAGACCCCCCCCGACCCCCCGACCACUCGCCUGCUGGGCAGACCUGCACCAACGACCACUUGAGAAUCAUGUCAGAUGUUCAGAUUUUAAGUGUGAGCACGCUCAAACAAACACAACCCCAGUCUCUGGUUGGGCACUACAUAGCACACAUUAUGUUCACAACACAAACAGCAAACUUCUCAGUGUUUUCAGGAAAUGAGCAGGACUCACAGAUCGGCUGCAUCGCUUUGCAGGAGCCGCCGUAUUUUCAUCUGAACCUUUUCUCACCCUCCACACUAACAACACUGACUCAGUCCUUCCCCGGUCACAGAUUUGUAGAACUACAAACGGGCUCGUUCUCUCCAAAGCUAACUGUAAGCUUAAUCAUGAAAUUGCAGAAUUGAUUUUAUUAUUCCUUGUUGCUUCUUCUUGUGGAUUUUCUUAAUGAACAAGCGGGCGAGGCCUGCCUGACUCUGAUGUGUGCACUAACUCAGGGGGACUCAUCUGAACCUAAACAGCAUUAUUAGCUUACAUGAUAAGCAGCAGCUCCUGGAUCCCUGGUGAAAGAAACUACAGCUGUCUGAGCAACAGACCAGCCAAACCACGUAGCUCUGCUGGUGUCUCUCACCUCAUUUCCUCCAAAAUGCCUCUUGUCUGAGACGUCGUUCGUCUUGUGAGAUGUCCUCUGGGUUAUUGUCUGUUUCCCUCCUACCAUCUCUUGUUCUUUUUUCUUUUUUUUUCUCUCGUCUGCGUUUCUCCACCUGGUCUUCACGGGCCACUGAAACCACUACUACUGCAUAGAAGGAACAGUGAUUCUGCCACUCAGCGUAACUCUUGAUUAAAACCAUAUCUCGGACAUUUUAAAAACACCACCUUAAUGAACUGUUCGCCCUCCACCCCCCCCAAAAAAAAGAAUCUGUCUGUUUACCAAAAAUGUGACAUGACACGUCUCAAAUGGCAGGAGACGCAUGAUAUACCUCUUUUUGGACACGACUGGCCAGUGUGUCAUACGUGUGGAGAGAGACUGCUGUGGAUCGAACGGACGCUCGACUGGUGAUUUUCUUUUUGAGUGAAUCUGUGGCGUCGACUAAAACAUCUAAACAAGGGCUCCCGGGGAUGUGCCACAGGGUGACGUCAAGUUCAGAGAAGAGGAAGAAAGCAAGCACACUGUUGGAUUAUGCAUGCAUGCCCACCCUCCCUCACCCCCGACCCUUUUUGUGUAUAGUCUAUUCCAAUUCUUUAAAGGUUGACCUCCUGAUAUGAAUAUGUGACCAUGGUAGCUUUCAGUGGAUCUGACCGAGCAGUUGUACAGUAGGAAUAUAGGAACGGCUGUGUUAACGGACUGAAAGACAACUGAUCAGGAUUUCCCUGUCUUGGUGAAAUGAUUUAACGGAUGAGGUUUCUCAUUCUGCUACUCUUUGUACAGCUUAAACCUGUGGAAAACAGUAUGUGUUUAUGGAACCAAGGCCAGUGUAGUCGGGUUUUUAACCCCAUUCGAGAUGUGUGAAUAUUGGGAGCAGUCACCAAGUCACUUUUUUUUAAGUCUCUUGAGCCUGUUUGUUUUCCUCUGUUGUAAAUGAUGACACCAACCUCUCCCCUUCUUUUUAUUUUAUUUUUUUUGAACAUAGACAUAACUUGAGAACUUAAGCUGAUUGUGGUGUGUGCUGUGCAUCUCAAGUCUUUCUUCCUUCAAAAGGAGAGAUCACUGCAGUAAUGGCGGUGUCUACUCAUCUCAUCUGUCUGCAAUUUGUGUCCAUCUCAUUUUUAUGUAGUAGAACAGUUAAUAUAUACAUUUUAUGAAAAUUAUUUUUCUUUUCAAUUAUGCACCACUGUUCAAAGAUUUUAUAUCCUAACUUUACAAAAUUUACAACCUUUGUAAUAUUCAAUGGUUUCUUUUAAAAAGACAUUUUAUGUAAUGUUAUUUUUAGUAUUCUGUAAUUAAAAUUAUGAAAAUUUGA